UGCGUCGUCCGCGAUGGGAGCGGCUGAAUCGACGUCAACGCAAGUGUUCUCGCACCCGAUCCCGCACAGCGCUCAACCUGGCUAUGGACCUGUCCACGUGAGUCCCGAUGCGCUCCCCCUCGCAGAUCAUACGCUGACGCAGUGGGAGAACUUCAAGCGCGGGAUGGCGAUCUCUGGGGACGCUAACUACCUCGGCACUCGCACGCGCGACGCGAGCGGGAAAGCUGCGGCGUACACGUGGAUCACGUACAACCAAACGCAUGAACGUGCUCAACGUAUCGCGACGGGUCUCCAAACGCACCUCCGCGUCCGCCGCCAGGAAAAUGUGGGGGUGAUCAGCAAGAACCGCACGGAAUGGAUGCUCACGGAAAUCGCGUGCAAUCGCAUGAGCUACGUCCUCGUGCCGCUCUACGACACCCUCGGUCCCAAAGCGAUCCCGUACAUCGUAAACCACUCCGACAUGCGUGUGUUGGUGUGCGCGGGUGAAUUGAUCGCCAACGUCCUCGACGUCAAGCACGAGUGCCCGACGUUAGAGUUCCUCGUCUCGAUGGAUGUGGUGACGCCCCGUGAACGCGCAGACGCACAAGCCAAAGGGGUCACGUUGCUCACGCUGGACGAUCUUGAGGGUGUGCCAGAUGCGACAGUCCCUGAAGACCCGCCGCAUCCGUCGGACUACGCGACCAUCUGCUACACGUCUGGCACGACGGGCGACCCGAAAGGCGCGAUCUUGACCCAUCGCAACUUGAGCACCGCGACGGAAUGCGUGACCUAUCGCAUCGACUCCAAGUCGUAUUGGGUGCACUUAUCGUACCUGCCACUGGCCCACGUGUACGAGCGCGUGAACGCCGCCAACGUCACGCGUGCCGGCGGGUCCAUGGGGUUCUACCAAGGCGACAUCCUGCAUCUCAUGGACGACAUGGCCGAGCUCAAGCCACACAUUUUUGUAUCGGUGCCUCGGCUGUUCAACCGCGUAUACGACAAGAUCAUGCAGGGCGUGACGUCGGCGGGCGGCGUGAAGAAGCUCAUGUUUGACUAUGCAUACGCGACCAAGAAGCAGGGGCUCGCGGACGGCACCAACGUCCAUGCGCUGUGGGACGCGCUCGUCUUCUCCAAGAUCCAGGCGGUGCUGGGGGGCCGCGUGGAGCUGAUCGUGUCGGGAUCGGCGCCGCUGGCUGCCAACGUCAAGGAAUUUUUAAAAAUUGCCUUCUCGUGUCGGGUCGAAGAAGGGUACGGCCUCACAGAGACGUCGGCUACCGCGACCUUGUCGAUCCCAGACAUUCCCAUAGGCGCCCACGUGGGCAUGCCGCAGCCAAAUGUCCAGAUCCGGCUGGCAGAUGUCCCCGACAUGAACUACACGAGCGCCGACCUGCCGCGGCCUCGCGGGGAAAUCUGCAUCCGCGGCAACAAUGUGUUUCUUGGGUACGUACGUUCGUACGUGCAAAGACAGUAAAGUCCGAUCACACACACACACUUGACACUGCCAUCAUAGUAGUACUGUACAGUGGAUACAAACCACACCAAGCAUCUUAUGUUUUCAAUAAUGGACAUGUAUAUGUAUAUAUAUAUAUAUAUAUACUGGAGAUAUAGAUAUAUAUAUCGGAUGGUUGAACGCAUGAUACUCUCUAGCUCGAUAUCCGUUAUGGAUGUCGUCUGAUGGUAUGUGAAAUUGUUUGUACAUGUUGAUGUCGUUGUGUGGAACCUUGUAUUGUCCUUUUACCCAAAAUU